GGCAAGCUUCAAAAAAGUGAGGUUAUUAUUAAGAAAUUUUAAGAAAGAACAUAAACAUUACAAAUACAAAAUCAAAAUGAUAUCUCACAAGUCAAUCUUAAAACGAGCUUUGCCAAUGUUAAUGCAAUGUGCAGAAGCACACAGAAAACCACGAUGGCUACCGGUUGCAAAAAGCAAAAUAUUUCGUAUACCAAAACGUCCAGUUAUCACUGAAGAAGAACGAAUAGAACUUUUGAGGAUAAACAACAAUUAUAAGACACAAAUGCGCGCAAUAAAGCGUUUUUAUCAUGAGGAAAUGAUUAGGGAAAAGUCUACUCUUGAGAGUGCAAGUUCUGAAAUGUCUCAACGACUUGAGGCUGAGGAAUGGGAGCGCUGUGUAAAGAUUAAUGAUACAUGGAACGCGCAGAUUGCUGCAGAAAGAGAAGAAAGAAGGAAAAAGGAAUUACAAGAAAUGGAGGAGUUUGCUUUAGCCAGGAUGGAGGCUAAAGACAAAGAGUUGAGAAAUAGGAUUGCAAAGGCGUCAGAAGAAAUAAAAGAGCAAAAGAAACUUAGCAACACAUUUAUAACACCUGAGAACCUAGAGGAGGCAAUUGAUCAGGCAUUGGCCAAUCCUAUUGACUACAACUUUGCAAUCGACCUACAAGGACAACAAUACCUUGGUAGAGAUACACCAAUACCUACCAAAGAACAGAAAAAAGCUGCAGCCAACAAUUGAAUUGUCCAACUUCUACAAUAGUUAAGUCUUAGCAAUAUAUGUUAACAAAAAUUAUUUUGUUUUGCAUAUUUCAC